UCCUUCCACGGGGAGCAACGACUGGUCGUGUCUCUUGAUUCCUGUCUCAAUUUAUCCGCCAAUAACUUCUCCGACCCUUGACUCCACCUCUUUCUACCAGCAUUCUGCCAAGCUGUGUCCAAAACAAGCCGCCCAAGAUGCCCCAGAAAAUCGCUUUCGCGCAGGACGUUAAGCUUCGUCCCAGAGCUCGGUCCGAACCGCUCGCUGACCCAGCGCUACAACCACGAGCUCGAACAAGAUGUUUUCGUUGCGCAAUGGCCGUGGCCGCAACCACUCGGGUGCCAGCGAAAGCAGUCGUGGUACUUCUCUCUUCACGUCGAUAUCCGGCCGUUCGUCAUCGAAAUCUUCUGGCCGCCUCAAGAGAGCUUGGGACAAGGUUCUUAGUCGCUUGGGUUCCGGUUCGAAAACUCCCUGAAGCUGGAACACUAUACCGCGAGUGUUGUUCUUCGGUAUGGAAAGGAUCGGUAUGCUAGUGCCGUCAUGGAAUAAGUCGCAUAGGGAUUCCAAGAGCAGGAGUCUGAACGGAAGGACAAGACUGGAACCUUUGGGCGGUGUAUUGCUUGCAUUCCUGCAGUAGAGCAAGUGGUUGCAACCCCUUUCCACCCAGAACGUACAGAACUCGGAGAUGUUUCAAAUCGUGGUCUAGACGAAGGUUCCGAUACUGGAUGGCUUAAUGGUAUCAAUAACAGUUAAUUAUGAUCACGGUUUGAUCAUAUCAUGGUCAAGAAGAGCCCGUAGGUCAGGCUCUUGUCCGAGACUGCACUGUUGCACGCAGUUUAUGUGGUGUGACGUUGGGCCAUGUAUAUACCACAUGAGGUUGUCGUUGCUUUGGUUGCUGGGUUCUUUUGUCGUGGAAGAGAUUUACGAUCUAGAUAUCGCACAUUGAGCCGCACGGAGACUGGACUUGAAUAUGGCGGAGCAAUGUCCACCUCAGCAUAGGUUAUCUUGGUCUGAGUCAAUGGUGGCAUGCCAACGAAAAACUUGAUUCCAC